GUUUCCGUCCGCACUCCGCACUGCGCACUCCGCAAGUGUAUGUGCGAAUCAUCUGGAAGCGUCCGAGGGGUGUUUAUUGCUGACGCGGACGGUUCUUUCUUCGAAAAGUGGUUGGGAAUAUUAGCCUAAAUUGCAAGUCACCCACGUGUUCGGUUAACAUGGAUCUGGAGGAGCGUCGGAAAAGUUCUGAGAAAAGCUUCGACACCGACGACGAUUCCGAGUACGCUAUGAUACGGCAGAUAAAGAUGGAGCCGGAAACGAUGUUCUCAGCAUCCGAGGAUGAUAUUAUGGCUCAGCUGCAACAGGACAGUUCCGAUUUGGAGGUCGAGCCUAACUUCACGUUGGAGGGCUCCCUGAACGGCGAUUACUCCAAUGACGGCGUGUUGAUGCAACACAUGGACAUUAGGGAGCCUUUGUCCACGUUAAGGAGCCUUUUGGAAGACAGGCUCAGCAUAGAUUUAAAGAAUUACUCGUUUUGGUUACAAAACGCGCAGAUGCUGGAAAGCCAUAAGAAUUUGGUCGAUCAAUGCGUCCAAGGAGAAGGGCUGGUUCAGAUUAACGUACAAAUAAAGCCGAUGCAAAAACGUAUCAAUAUAGUGGACGUUCUUAAACCAGCAGAUGAUUACAUCGAAGUUGUGGAAAAUAAUUCACCGGUGUCUACCGCUCAGGAAAACAAACGGAACGUCAUAAAGUGGAUGAUAGAUGCGCAGUAUAAAAAGGAGCAGGAACGAUUGAAAAUACCAAAUGAUCCAAGAGACUGGUCAGAAGCACAUGUGAAACAUUGGCUGCAAUGGGCUGUUAGACAAUUUAACUUAGUAUCGUUACGUUUGGUUGAUUGGAAUAUAACUGGAGCGCAAUUAUGUAACCUUACACUGGAGGAGUUUCAUGCAAAAGUGCCUCUUGAUCCAGGAGACGUGUUUUGGACACAUUUCGAACUUCUCAGGAAAUGCAAAUUCGUUGCUGUUGUACAAAAAGAUGCAUCGGAUUCACCCAACGAAGGUAUUAUAGAGAAGUCCAUUAAAGCACGAAGUCAGAAAGUAACGAAACCGAAAUCUACGGUAAAUCAGCAGGCGCGUUUAGUUAAUGUGCCAUUGGAGAAUGUCGAUCCGGCUUCGAUCACUAUUGCCAGUUCUAGUCGAACCGUUAAUAGCGGUCAGAUACAGCUGUGGCAAUUUUUGUUAGAAUUAUUAACGGACAAGGAAUAUAGAAGCGCGAUUCAGUGGGUAGGGACUGAAGGAGAAUUCAAGCUUAAUCAGCCGGAGGCAGUGGCGCAAUUGUGGGGAGCCCGCAAAAAUAAGCCGUCGAUGAAUUAUGAGAAACUAAGCAGAGCUCUUCGGUAUUAUUACGACGGCGACAUGAUUUCUAAAGUUCAUGGCAAACGAUUUGUCUACAAAUUCGUUUGUGACUUAAAACAGUUGUUGGGUUACUCAGCGGCAGAGCUGAGUAAACUUGUUGAGGAAGGAAGACGAUAUUUCUGAUGAAACCAUAUUUUUGAUUACUACUAAUAAUAAAAUAGAUUUCAUUGUGAGCUUCUGUUACUUCUGUUGCGCGUUGUCAUUAUUUUAUAUUGUAUAAUUAUUUCUAUUUUAAAUAUCAUAUAUACGGAAAAGCUCUACAGAUGCAUAUUACUAGAAUAUACAUAGUACAAUAUAGUAAAAUUUCUUAUCAGGAUACAAUCAGAUCUUUUGAGAUAAUCUUUUAUUGAUUGGAUAUCGUGUGCGUUAUUUUUUCAUUAGCUGAAUUUCUUUGCAUUCUUUUUCCAAAUGAAUAAGGGACUUUGCAAGUAACGUCACAUCGUAAACAAAUUACCAAAUAUAAUUUACUGACGGUUACAUAAAAAUAGAUUUUGAGUUUAAAUUAGAAGUAUUCAUUAGAUUUUGUAGUGUAUAUAAGUGUGCGUGAAUUAUAAUCUAAUAUUAAAACAACUCGAAGAUUAUGUUGAUGAUUAUUUAAUAUCAGUUUUAUGUAUCAUGGAUUUACAUGCAGAUUUUUAUGAGCUACUUAUGUAUCAUUAUGGACUUAAGUACGGAUAAUAUUGUAUAUAUUUUCCCGUUUUUGUAUAAAAAUAUACAAAUAUUCGAUAGGUUCAAUUUCGAUUAUGACCAAGAACUUAAAGAAAUGUAUUAUAUAGUUUUCAUGCUAGAUAUCGCGUCGAUUUAAGGAACUUUGUAUAUACGAGAAAAACAGUUAUAUAAUACAGUUGUUGAAUAUAUUUCAUUAA